UAUUGGUUAUAAAAUAAAAAAUAAUAUAUGUUGAUAUGGUUCAAUUCUUGUUAUGUUGAUAGAGCUAUCCCGUAGGAAAAUAAAAAAAGUCAGGGAUUUCAUAUUUGAUUCAUUUUUAUAUCUACCCACAUAUGUAUAUAGGUUGGAAAUUGAUUGAAUUUUCUGAUAACUACACUUAUGAUUUAAAAUUGUUUGAAUUGAUGUUAAACUAUUUCAUUCAAUUAUGGAUGUUGAUUUAUUAAGACCCGGGACUGUUCCAAUUGCUCCUGAUACCAUACUUUGGUUUGAAUUCCUUUUAAAUCCCCAAUUAUUAUUAGAACACCUGAAAAAGUCAAAUCCAGAUCCUUCACCAAUUGAGCUCAUUACAAAAUUUUUUGAUGUUAUCAAUGAUAGUAUGAAAAUACAAAAUGAGGCAGAGAACAGUGAAGCAAAUACUGCCAACUCGGUUGAUAUAUCAAAUGAAAAACGAAAAUAUUUAAAUAAAAAUAUUGCAUUAAAGCUGCUAUCUUUGAAAAUAGCGGCGUUCAUGAAAUGGGAUUUGAGUCAAAUCAGAUUGUUACCAUUCAAGACUCAAGUAGCAUUGAUUCAAGACCUUUUAUAUUUUACAAAUGAUAAAACACCUGUAGAGAUUCCACUUGUUGAUAAUAAAUGGACAAAUCUCCAACAUUUAUUUGCUUUCUUGAUAUACCAUAGAUGGAUGCUAAAUGUUACGAUGAACAGAAUUACUACAAAUUGGCAACUCAAGGUGGGAAGUGUUGAUAUCUCUCCAAGCGAAGAAUCAGUCAUAUGUACAUUAGAAAAUGUAAAUAACACCGUAAAAUUCUUAGAAAAUUGUAUGGAAUGGGAAAACAUUCCAUCUAUGCCCAAAUUCGAAUGUUUUCAAUUACCAACUGAAAUAAAUGAAGAUAUAAAUUUUGAUUGGACAAAAUCUGAGAGCAUAUCUAAGGAAGAAUUGGUUGCACAAAUCUGUUAUGAACUGGGAACAUAUUUCUUCUAUAGGGAAGAAUAUAAAUUGGCUACAGAGAGAUUCCAAAGAUGUUCAGAAUCCUUAAAAGCUAAUAAAAUCUCUAAUGGUUUCUUGAACUUCGAUAAAGAAAUUCUAGAUGUUUACCUGAAAGCUUGUUGUGGACCAUUUGAUCCUUUCAAUAGUUCAAUUGUAAAUAACUAUAUGGGAAUAACAGGAAUCCUACAGAAAGACAAUAUUAAAAGAGAAAUACCAUUAACUUACAGAAUCAAUUUAGAAUUAGAUAUACAAGGAGCAAUGUCAAGUGGCAGUUUUUAUGUUGUAAAGGACCUCCUUUCCCAAAUCAAAGCUCUUAAUUUGGUCAGAUGUGUAUUAGAUAGAAAACCCAUUCACCAAUAUCAUAUUACCCUUGCUAAAAAUCCAGAUGUAUUUAUUUGGGCUAUUCAAUCGACAUGGAAGAAUUUUUCAGAUAAUGAUAGAAAUGAAAUCAAGCAAUUUCUCAUGAAAUACAUAAUAAAGAAUGAAGGAACUUGUAUUUUGUCACAAAUCCAAUCAAAUCCUGUAUUGCGUGAUCUAUUUGAUGCUGGUGAUGUGAAGUACAUGAAGAAUUUUGAAGAAGAAUUGGAUAUUCCUUCGAUUUUGUUGGAGGAGAGUAGCAGACUUGAAGAAUAUAAGAAAAAAAUAGAAAUAUUUGGAAAACGUGAAAUGAAAUUAUUGGAACAACAGUUGAUUACUACAUAUGACCCCCAAGUGGUAAGAGAAAUACUUGCAAUGACUUCUUUGAAUAACAUUCAUAUAUCAGUACGGCAUAUAAACCCCCUUUGGGAACUUCCCAUACCUUUGCAAAGUGUAUUGCAAUCUCUUUCUAGAGGUUUUCUGCAAGAUUUUGCAUACCUUAUGUUGGCUAAAUCUAAAGAACAAAUGUCUGCUUCUAAUUGGGAUUUAUCUUUGAAGCUCAUUCGUACACUGGAAAAAGAACUGCAAAUGAACAGUGGCACAAACAUAGCCAAGUUAGGACAGAUGAUAAAAUGGGAGAUUUUACUUAUUCAGAUUGUCCAAUUAUUACAUGAAUGGCCAAAAAGCACAAUAGAUAAGAAUGCCCUGGCUGCUGCAUGUGAAAAUUGCUUACAAAGUAACGAAACAGUGUUGCCUCGAACAGAAAUAGCUGAAUAUUGUGUUAUUUGUCUUCUGAAUUUGGGGAAAUGGGACUUUCUGAUGAACUUUGACAAACGGAGAUCUUCUUCAGAAAUUGCUUCAGCACUGGCAUUUACCUGCCAGGAAUGGGUUAAAUUCAAAAUGAAAGAAGAACAAGAUAUAAGGAGAGGCGUUGAUCUGAAGAAAAUUCCUCCACCACAACUUCCAAGAAUUCUGUGGGAAAUAGUACUACCCACUUUCACUUCGCAACCAAAACGUGGAAAUCAGGGAAACUCAUACCAAGAUCCGCAACUGACAAAUUUGAAAACUAGUGUUUCAUCUUUCUUCGCAAACUUAAGGGAUCCCACAGCAUUUUCAGUUAUAAUAUCUAUGUUGACACGGUUCUAUAAUGUUUUACGUGAUAUGUCUAAGGCUGAUCAACAGAUAAUUGUGGAAGGAGUUGAUUGGUGGCCCUCAAGUGUGAAUAACACACAACCAUGUAAUGUAAAAGCAGUGUCUGAACUAUUACGACAAAUGACACUCAAAGCACUGAAAUUCUAUCCAAAUAAUAUUAAAUGGUUGAGACUGAUGGGAGACGUGAAUUUAGUCAAGGAUCAUUAUCAAAGAGCACUUAAGUAUUAUCUGCAGUCUCUUUUAAUUCAAACUGACUACUUUAACAUUCCUGUUCCUCACGAUGAUGAUCUCUAUUUGAGACUAAUACAGUGCACUACAUCUUUGAACUGUUACACUCAAGCAGCAGUUCUUUAUCAGUUCCUUGAAAAACCAAACUACAAACAAGCCUUUUAUUAUUUAAGAGAAUCAAAAACGGGAAAUGAUGCAGUGGAUGCAUAUUACCAUUGUUUUUGGGAUAUAAACAUUUUAGAAUACUUAAUUCAUCUACAUAAUCAAAGAGGCGAGUUUCAAAGAAAAAAAUGUGCUAUUCAAGUUAUGGGUUUACUGGAAAUAAAUUCAAGUAACAAUGAGGAGAUACAAAGGGAAGCUAGUAAUUCAAGAAAAGCUACAUUUCUGAGAGCCUUAUGCAAGCAGUAUGUUUUCAAUUGAAUCUAUAGUUUUUAUUUUUGGGUCAAAUUAUAUUUAUAUCUGUAAUUGUUAGGAAAAAAGUGAGUAUGAUUUUAUUUCUUUGAAAAUAAUCUUACAGUUGAAGUUUCUUCACAGUAUUAUUUAACUUAAAAACUGAGUCAAAAUUAAAAACCAAAAGAUCAUUUAUUAUGUAAUUUCUUAUAAAUUCUAAACAAUAUUGGUAAUCAAAUCGCUGUAUUCGUUAUUCAGUAAGAACAAUUUUCCAUAUUGCUGUUAUAUUCAUGUAAAAUAAAGUUUUCCAUUGUC